AUGGCGGAUUCAAGCAACUACCUGCAACCAUCAAUUCCCAAGUUUGAUGGACACUAUGAUCACUGGUCAAUGUUAAUGGAGAAUCUCUUGAGAUCCAAAGAGUAUUGGAGUCUCAUCGAGGAUGGAGUAAUUGAGGCUCCUGCAGGAGCAACUCAAGAUCAAAUUCAAGCUGCAAGAGAGAGCAAGUUGAAAGAUUUAAAAGCAAAGAAUUUUUUGUUUCAAGCAAUAGAAAGAUCCAUUCUUGAAACAAUCCUCACUCGAGGCACUGCAAAAGAGAUAUGGGAUUCAAUGCGCCAGAAGUAUUGUGGAUCCACCAAGGUCAAGAGAGCUCACCUGCAAGCUCUGAGGAAAGAAUUUGAGAUGCUGAACAUGCGAAUUGGUGAGUCUAUUGAUGAAUAUUUUUCAAGAACACUGAGUAUUGCAAACAAGAUGACAAGCCAUGGUGACACCAUCACUCAGAGCACAAUAGUUGAAAAGAUCUUGAGAUCUUUAACCUCAAGGUUCAAUUAUGUGGUGUGCUCAAUUGAAGAGUCUAAUGAUACCACCACAAUGACUGUGGAUCAGCUGCAAAGCAGCCUGCUGGUUCAAGAACAAAGAAUGAAGCAUCAGAAAGAUGAACAAGAGCAAAUUCUGAAGGUUUCUAAUGGUGGAAGAGGCUCAGGAGGUAGAGGAGAUAACUCUAAUGCAAGGGGUCGUGGUAGAGGCCGUGGUAGAGGAGGAAGAGGAGCAAAAUUCAACAAAGAACUGGUUGAAUGCUAUAAAUAUCAUAAGUUAGGUCAUUUUCAGUCAGAGUGUCCUAAUUGGGAGGAAGACAAUGCAAACUAUGCUGAGUAUGCUGAGUUUGAUGAUUGA